AACUAUAUACUGUUUAAAUUGAAGAUAGAUCCAUAGCAAAUUCUGAUUCUUUCACGUUAAUUAAAUUGGUAAGUGUGUUUCUUCUCUUAUCUCACAUGAUUCCAGAGGAUAGGCUUCUUGUCAUAUCUUACUGCAAGUAUGCAUGACACCACUCUACACGAAUAACGAUGACCAUGAAGCCUCUGAUAUCUUGUUUAGAUACUUAAUCAAACUUUCCAUACCCCUAACUUCUUGAUGGGAUCUUUUUGCCGAGAUUCCCACCUUAUUGUUGAUAAAUACGUAACAUUGUAAUAUUCCUAGUUCUAGAUCCUAGAUCAAAAACUUUACUUCUCUUCAGAAAAUCAAUGCUCUUAUUGAUCAUAGAGAAGAUGUUGGUUUGCCCGUUGUGACCCUCUGCAAAAACCGUUGAAAAUUCCUGGCUAUUUCAAGAUCGCCGAAGCAAUCGAAGUUGUCUACUAUGACAAAUAUUUCAACUAACGGAUAGACGCGAGAAGAGUGAUAUCAUGCUGUUCAACAUCUCACUUCUUGGAUCACUUCUGUUCACAUCUUGCACGCUUAUUUGACUAAGGGAUGCACGAGAGACUAAUAAAAAUUAUGCUCUUACCCAAAUCCUCUUGUUUACUUCGAAGGAAUCAGCAUAAGGUACAUUUUUACAGUUAUCUAUCUGUUUCCAGAUGAAACCAGAUUUAUGUCGUCCAUAUGAAAAAUAUUUCUGUCUUACGGAUGGAAUAGUAAGGGUGAAUAUGACAAUUUUUUUCCAGAUCCUGAAGUGAAAUAAUCUUGUCCCUAGGUUUAAGAUCACCUUGGUAGCUUAGACUUAGUGUGUUUGAUAUAUCUUGGAAUCUAACUGUAUCGUAGUUUCGUAAGAGGUAAGAGUUCUCACCACAAUGCCAUUAGGAAGUAAGAUUGACCGACGAACAGGAAUUGCUUGAUGCAAUAUCUAGAUUGCCCAAAGCUUCCCUAAUCUCUGUGGCAAGUUCGUGAAUGAUGAAAUUCAACCAGAUCUGCUGAUGAUUUUGUUCUUCUCGUUUUGAAAAUUAAUAAAUUUUUAAAUGAUCAUGAGAAUCAGAAACCUAUCAUUGCAUCAAAUCUUUUCAAUAUUAAUACUUCAUCCAUUAAUGAGACAAGCGUAAAUUAUGUCUCAUGGAAGCCUAUUUUUUUUUGGGGAAUUAAAUAGCAUGACAGGAGACAAUGAAAUAUCUAACCACCUGUAUGUGUUGACUCCCAGAUCCAUCCAUAGACCGUCUAAGAUCUGUGCAUCAGAUCCGAGCACAGGUUCGAAUUUGGAGAAAAUGGAGGGUUCAUCCUUGACACUACCAAAGUUGCCACUCAGGAGAUGCCUCCAAGACAUAAGCAAUUCUAGCGAGCCCAACCUGCCUUCUGCGGCAGUCGUGGAUUUUCCCCUUGACAAAAAAGGGAAGAAGCAGAGAGUUUAUCAACUGCGACCACGGAAGCCAAGCACGGUGUGGACGACGGAAGACGACGAGACAUUACAAGCAGCUGUCGAGAAGUUCAAGGGCGGAAAUUGGAAAAAAAUUGCUGCGAGUUUACCGAACCGGUCAGAUGAUCAGUGCCUUCACCGCUGGCAGAAGGUUCUUCGUCCAACCCUCGUUAAAGGAUACUGGAACAAAGAGGAGGACGAUGAAUUGCUCGAAUUGGUCCAUAAAUUCGGCACCAAGAGCUGGGCUGCCAUCGCUCGGUCAUUGCCUGGCAGAACUGGCAAGCAGUGUCGAGAGAGCUGCGUUUCAAAGAUGGUGCUGAUUUAUAUGUUCCCUUACUUAAUAUUCUCUGCGAAAUAUACUAUUGAUGGUAACUUUGAGGUGCACGUGUGAGUGUAUAUGAAUUGUAAUG